UUUCUGCUUUCUCUCAGGCAGACCAGAGCAGCAUCAGUUCCACCAAUGUCAAGUUUUUUUGUUGUUGUUGUUGUCCGCCCUCCAAACUGCAUUGCGUGCAAUUUGGUUUUUGUCGGCAGUGUCAAGUUUUGAUGGGAGUUGAGAGACAGCCUCCAAAUGGACACAGAAGGGGUGAAGAGACGAAUGGUGUGCGUCAAACGCUCCAUACUUUGUUUUGCGUUGAUGGUCUGUUUGCUGGACUCGGCAUGUGGACAGAUCCGCUACUCCAUCCCGGAGGAGCUGGAACACGGCGCUUUUGUGGGAAACAUAGCAGAGGACUUGGGUUUGGAUUUGAAUAAACUCUCUGCGCGAAGAUUCCGCAUCGUUUCCGGUACCAGGAGACAGUACGUGGAGGUGAAUUUAGAAAAUGGAGUUUUAUUUGUAAACGAGAGGCUCGAUCGCGAAGAACUCUGCGAGCAGAGUUCGGCGUGUUCAUUCCAUUUGCAAGUGGUCAUCGAAAGCCCCCUGGAACUGUACAGAGUUGAGGUGGAAAUUCUGGACGUCAAUGACAACUCCCCGAGUUUCCCGUGGACCGAAUUUAAUCUGGACAUUUCGGAAUCUGCAUUACCGGGGUCCCGCUUCCCACUUGAGAGCGCGCAAGAUUUGGACGUGGGUUCCAAUUCGUUGCGCACUUAUUUGCUGAGCGUCAAUGAGCAUUUCACUUUGGACAUCCAGACAAGAAGUGACGGCAGUAAAUUCGCCGAACUCGUCCUCCAAAACCCGUUGGACCGGGAGCAGCAGAGCGCUCAUCAGAUGGUUCUGACAGCGGUGGACGGAGGUUCUCCGGAGAAGUCCGGAACUGCGCAAAUUGACAUCACCGUUCUCGAUGCCAACGAUAACGCGCCGGUGUUCGACCAAUCUUUUUAUCGAGUAAGACUGGCGGAAAACGCACCAAAAGGUGCGGUUGUCAUCAAACUAAACGCGUCCGACUUAGACGAGGGCACCAACGCGGACAUAAGCUAUUCUUUCAGCGGGCACGCACCCAUCAAAGUGCGACAGCUUUUCAGCGUGGACGCGCGCACGGGGGAAAUCAAAGUCAAGGGGUUAAUCGAUUAUGAAAAAGCAAGGAUGCAUGAAAUUUACAUCCAGGCGAAGGACAAAGGUCCUUCCGCUGUCGCGGUCCACUGCAAAGUGUUGGUGAACGUCUUGGAUCGGAACGACAACCUCCCAGAGGUCAUUCUGACGUCCGUGUCUACACCUGUGCACGAGGACGCGCCCCCAGGCACCGUCAUCGCCGUCAUCAGCGUCACGGACAAGGACUCGGGAGAAAACGGCAACGUCGACUGUGAGAUCCCAAAUAUGAUCCCCUUUCAUCUGCAUUCCUCUUUUAAAAACUACUACACGUUAGUGACAAGUGAUUUUUUGGACAGGGAAACGGUAGCAGAGUAUAACAUUACAAUAACUGCAAGAGAUAUGGGUUCCCCGCCUUUAUUUACAAGGAAAACGAUUGUGGUCCAAGUAUCUGAUGUGAAUGAUAAUGUGCCUCUGUUCAAGCAACCCGCUUAUACUGUGUACUUGACUGAGAAUAAUGCGCCAGGGGCCUCCAUCUGCUCUGUGACAGCACAUGACCCAGACUACGGCCAAAAUGCUUACCUCUCUUAUUCUAUAAUAGAGGUUGACGUUCAAGGGAUGCCUGCCUCUACGUAUGUCUCGAUAAAUUCAGAUAACGGGAAUAUUUACGCCCUCAGGUCCUUUGACCACGAGCAGCUAAAAAACUUUCAAAUCACAGUGCAAGCUCAAGAUGCCGGAUUGCCGCCUUUAAUCAGCAACGUUACGGUGACGAUAUUUAUUUUGGAUCAAAAUGACAACGCGCCCGUCGUCGUGUCACCUCUUUCUCAAAACGGGACGCCCCCGACUGAAGCGGUGCCGAGAUCUGUGGAUGCUGGCUACCUGGUCACCAAAAUCCGAGCGGUGGAUGCAGACGCCGGUCAGAACUCGCGCCUCUUCUACCAAAUGCUCCAAGCAACUGACCCAAGCUUGUUCAGUGUGGCUUUAUACACAGGGGAAAUUAGGACAAUACGACAAUUAGUGGAGAAAGACCCCACGAGGCACAGAUUGGUCAUUCUGGUGAAGGACAAUGGCCAACUCCCCCUCUCGGCCACAGUUUCCAUCAUUCUGUCAGUGGUUGACAGCCUGCCAGAAUCUCAGCCCGAUUCGGGUGACCUGUCACUGAUCCCCCAUCACAGCUCCAACUUUAGCCUCUACUUAAUCGUGUCUCUCGGGGCAAUCUCUUUAACAUUUCUAGUGGCUAUCAUCGUCAUUGUGACUGUGAGGAGGCUGAAGGACAGAGCGCCCGACAAAGAGUCCAACUUCCCCUCCACGAACAUGUGCUGCUGCUGUUGUCGCUCGGUCACACCCGGCGCCGCUGACAUCUUCAAAAAGUCCAAUUUGAACAUCAGGAUGUCAACGGAGUCGGCGGGUUGCACGGAGGCGAGCGGCAACGGCGCCCUCCCGCAAGCUUACUGCUACAAAAUGUGUCUGACGCCCGAAUCCUCAAAAAGUGACUUCAUGUUCCUCAAACCCUGCAGUCCGGUGUUGUCCGUUCGACAGAAUAAUGCCAAAAGUACAGACUACCUGACAUCUGGUUGGAGCACGCUGGACCGUAAUGAGCUGGCCAACAACAGAACUUCAACUCAAAAAGAGCUCAAGUAUUCCAGCAAGGACUGGACUUGGACCAAGAAUCAACGGAAUUCAGCAUACAAAAGAUACAGUUCUGGAAAUAUGGAAGGCACAUUAUCACGUCCACAUCAAUAUGACCCUGAUGAAUAUUUCUGCUCCUUGGCACCACAGUACUGGACCUGGGGAAACCGUAUCAGUGAUUGCAAGAUGCCUCUUGAGGACGAAACCAAUCCAAACUUCACUUGGACUCCAAAGUAUACGCAACCUCAGUCUGAGGCACCAGACUACCAGCGCAAUGUGUAUAUUCCCUCUGAGGCAGCAGACUAUCAGCACAACGUGUACAUUCCCGGCACCACAUCUGGCUACAGCACACUCAAGCUUGCGCCUCGAGGUGACCUGGAUGUCUAUAACACCUUUUCUACUUUCGGGAAGAAGAAGAAAUUAGUCUCUAAAUAUGAACAGCCGUAUGACAAAGAGGAUGGGCUCAUAAGCGGUGGUAUUUUUAAAUAACAUAUCAACCGUUCUGUUUCACAUUGUGUAUGAUUGUACAGGAGGAUAUAUUUGUAAUUAACAAGCCUGUUCUCAUGAGAACUUCCUUUUUAUAUACCUCAAAAAGCAAUUCGGUGUAGCUCGAGGAAAACAGGCUUAACCUGCAGCCGAAAUUCAUUGAUGUUAUGGUAAAAUGUCCAUUGUUCAUAUUUCUUUCUAAUUUCUCAUGAGUACGCAUUUAUUAACUACGUCAACCUAUAGUAACAGUUGAUUCCUCCUCAAGAGAUGUUGUAUAUGUUGGAAAAGUUGCUUCUUAAUUUCAUAUCACACAUAAUACAAUUCAGAUGGAGGACACACGUGAUCGUCCUGUUUGGUUUGCUCGACGUUAUGAUAUAAAUACAUGAUUAUUUAAAUGUGUUAUGAACGACAGAUUGUAAUGUGGUCUGUACUUGCAGUAGCCAUGAUUCAUUAUUAUUGUAGUACAUGUUCAUGUAAAGUAGAAAUAUUCACUUUGUACAAAGGGUGUACAGCAUAUACUGUAUAUUAAAUGAAUAAAAUUCACAUUCAACCAUC